AUGAAGGCCUCGAUUAUCUCCGUUAUUUCAUUCGCCAUUGCCGUUGCGGCAUUGCCGCCAAUGGAGCACUCGGACAAGCCGGGCAAGCAUUCAAUCAUCAAAUCCCGAGAGCAAUGCGACGGGGGAAAGGUUUCUUGCUGCUCUCCCAUGAAGGAGGACAACGAGAACAUACUCCUCUCAUUGCUGGAUGGACUUAAUGUCUUGGGUGUCAAAGAUUCUUACUGCUCACCAAUCAGCGUGAUUGGCCCUCUCAACUUGGCUAUCCUAGGCACCGUCAACGAGUCGAAGGAUAACUUCGACUGCAGACACACUGUUGCUUGCUGCAAUGGUGACGAUUGCCGUCCCCUGAGCGAGGAGUAA